AUGCACAUCAUUCUCCUUCAGUACUUGGCCUGUCUCUGGCUGCUCUCUCGCAUUGUCCGGACAGUCUACAAUAUCUCGCCUUUGCACCCCUUGUACCACAUCCCAGGCCCCAAGCUCGCAGCCAUCACGUUUCUAUACGAAGCCUGGUUUGACCUGAUACUCGGCGGACGCUACAGUCUAGAGAUUCAACGCAUGCACCAGAUCUAUGGUCCCGUCGUCCGCAUCAACCCCGAAGAGCUCCACGUCAACGAUAUCGCCUUCACCGACGAGAUCUACUCGACCGGCAAACGCAGACGCAACAAACAAGUCCAUCUUUUGAACCUCUUCGCCGGGCCCAUCACCGAAGCCAUGGUGUCAGCUGUCGACCACGACCUGCACCGCCUCCGCCGCAGCGCCGCGAACAAGUUCUUCUCGCGCGCGCAGAUUGCCAAAUUGGAGUCUGACAUCAAAGACCUCGCAGACCAGCUCUGUGACAAGCUCAUCAAUAUCGGUACCAAAAGUGAAGAGCCAAUCGAUAUCGUCACCGCGUACAGCUGUUUCACCUCCGACAUCAUUUCCGGCUACUGCUUCGGCGAGCCGUUUGGGUUUAUACGACAGAAAUCCUGGGAACCGAACUUCCGCCAUGCAUUGCACUCGUUGCUCACCCCAAUGCAUGUGUUUCGGUUCUACCCGGUGCUGAAAGCAAUCGUGGAUCUCAUGCCAUCUGUGGCCAAGUGGUUGGAUCCCCGCGUGAAGGGCUUGGUGGAGGAAGGGAACGAGAAGAUGCCGGGGCGGGUGCACAAAGCUCGACUGGAGUACCAAGCCGGGGCGGUCCCGAAGCGACCGGCGAUCUUUCAUACUCUGGUUGCUUCGGAUUUGCCGGAGGUGGAGAAGACGGAUCACAGGCUAGGUGGAGAGAGUUAUUCGUUCAUUGCGGCGGGGACGGAGACGACUGCUUGGACACUAACCGUAACAACCUUCCACCUCCUCCACAACCCCACCCUCCUAGACAAGCUCACCGACGAGUUCCAUACCACCGACGCCCUCUCUUCCCCUUGGUCUGACCUCGAAAAGCUCCCUUAUCUCCACGCUGUCAUCCAGGAGGGCCUCCGCCUCUCCUACGGCCAUCUCACCUACCGUGGCGACUUCAAGGGCCGCAAACUCACCUACGUUAUCCCCCCCGGUACACCAAUGGGCAUGUCCUCCGUGAUCAACCACCACAACGAAUCCGUGUUUCCGGAUUCGCACGCCUUCCGUCCCGAGCGAUGGCUGGAGGCGGAUGAGACGCAGCGCCGGCGGAUGGAAACCUGCUUGAUCCCGUUUUCGAAGGGUAGUCGGCAGUGUUUGGGGAUGAAUCUAGCGUAUUGCAGUCUCUAUGUCACGCUGCCCGUUCUGGCGCUCCGUGUGCUUCCGCGAAUGAGGUUGUAUGAGACCACGGCGGGGGAUGUGGCGUAUGAUCAUGAUCUGUGGUUUCCGAUGCCGAAGGAGAGUACCAAGGGGGUAAGGGUUGUUAUCUCGUAG